UUUCCACCCCUCCCUGCUGUAGAGCUACUAAAAAUAUAGAAUUGAUGCUAGAUAACUCUGCCUAAAAUGAUAAUCUCCUUUACCCAGCAGUAUGUUUAAGAAGUAUUUUACUUUUACAAAUAUGACUUCUGGUCAUUAUUUCCCCAGCCUUGAGAUUGGAAAGCACCUGUUCAGUCUUUACAUAGCCAAUUUUGAUUGGCUUCAUCAGCACUGGUUGCCCCUUUUCCAGCUUACGCCCUUAUGUAUAUAUGUGAAGGAAGACUGAAUUAAUUGAGAGGAAACAGAAGAGGAAAGAGUCAUGGCUAGAUGGAGUCAAUGAGAUUAUCAAAAAAAGAGAAAACAUAUGGAAUAUCCAUGAAGUUACCAAGACUUGAGCUGAACUCAAAGGAAACUUGAUUUUACCGGCAGCAGUGCUGAGAGUUAUUUGGACAAAGUGGAAAUAAAGUUCAUUAUAAUGGAUGAUAGAGAAUCUCCUACAAAUGAUCUUCAUUUAAAUUUACAAGAUGUACUUCAUACUGACAUACAUGAAGAAAGGAUCAAAAGUUGCUUGGCUUCUUCUCCAGAUGAAAAUGAAAAUCAGUGUAAGAGUAGGAAGCAUAAUACUGUGAAAAACUCUCAUAACACAAUGGGAAGAGUUGAGCAGGACAGCAUUAAUAAUAACGAGGACAGUGGAGACUAUACUUCUUGCUUCCAAGAAGAUGAAAGUGAUAGGCCAUGUAAAAGUUUGAAAUCAGACAUGCCACAGAAGCUUGGUUCUGAAAAAAAGAAUCCAAGAAAAACAAAGAGUCCUAGCAGGAAAGCCAAACAAGAGAAAGCUGACUUUACAUCAGUGUCUUAUGUGCAAGGGGCAGAUGGAAACAAGACAAAUUCAAACCAUCCUCUGAAAGAACCAGCUCAGACUUUACAAUUAAUCUUCUCUCUUCUUCAAGAAGAAUUUAAGGAAAUGGAUUCAAGUGUACUUCCCCUCUUCCUGCAUCAGAUUGCUGAAACUUACUUUCAAGAUGGAGAAUAUGAGAAAGCAAUGAAGUUCAUCUGGCUUGAACAAUUGUAUCACAAGCAGUUGCUUACAAAUCUCUCUUCUCUUCAGCAGCAGUGGGAAACAAAAUGGAAAGCAACAAUGUGCAAUGAGGUUUCAAAUCUAAAGAAUUCUUCUAAAGAGCUGAAUAAUGAAGAGCUAGACAAACUUGCUGAAUUUUGCACAUCUCAUCAAGAGCCACUUGUCUCCAGAAGCAAGCUCAUAAAUAAAGAAAUAUCCUUCAGAUGUGAACAGUUCAUAAGUUUAAUGGCAUCUGAAGAUUUAAAAGAACAAAGUACUUCUACAUGGGAUUCAGAUACUCAGAGCCGGCCAAGUACUGAAACAAAGAAGAAUCAUCACAAAGAAAGAGAGAGGGAUGAAAGUUUCCAGUCUGAAAGCUGUUGUCUGAUUAAAGAAAAAGAAAGGCUUCACAUAUCUGCAAGGAAAUACCAUCUCCAGGAGCAGCUCUGCAAUACUGAACCCACACUGAAUCAGCCAUUUGUUUUAUCCACAGAGACCCUGGACACGCCUUUCUCUCAGUGUUUAUCUUUGAGGGAUGCUAGUGAAAACGACAGCCUGCAGCCAAGGAAAGAACAGUUCUCUCAGGAUGGCGCAAAAAUAGAAGCAGCAGCCGAGAAGCCCACAGCAACGUGUUUUAGUGAACCAAUGGUAGAUGCAUUAGUUUGGACAGAUGCUGAUUAUAUACCUCCUGAUCUUAUAGCCACUGAUGAAAAUAUUCCAUCUGAAAGAAACUUACUGAGGACAAAAAGCUGUUCUAGCUCUGUGGUGUUUGCGGGUAGCCAGUUGGAAAGCAGCAUAGUAAAUCAGCUGCUGCAGCAGCAGCCUGAUUAUGAAAAUAACAGGAAAUCUGUGCAAAACCAAACAUCAGACAUCAGUGGGAAUGUACAGUUUGACACUGAGAUGUCCAAACAGCCCAGAGUUAUAUAUGAGUGGAUACAGGAAGAAACAACAGUACUGGAAGAAAAAGGUGAAAGUGAGGAGUCAGAAGGCUUCUUUGAACAGAUUUUGAACGGUACCAUAAAAGUUAGAGAAGAGGCUCUUAAAUUUCUAGAAACCCAAGAGGACUCUGAAAUUCUUCCACAUAUUCCACCUGAACAAGCACUUUAUUCUUCAUCGGAAGAUUAUUCACCAGAUGAAAAUUUUUCUUCACUUGAUGAGCUUGCAAAACGAAUACAGAUUGCAGAGACUGUUCGUGCGGAGGGGCUUGUGUCUAUAUUGAAAAAAAGAGAUGACAGUGAAGAAAAAACACUGGCUCAAAUGCAGCAGAGACAGUCAAAAAGAAGAGUGAGAUUCCAAGAAAUGGAAGAAACGUUAGAACAAGAGGACGCUGGAGCUGGCUCCUGCAUUUUGCUGAUCUUACUGUGCAUAGCAACUGUAUUCUUUAGUAUUGGAGGAACAGCAUUGUACUGUACAUUGGGCAACAGAGAAUCUGCAGUAUGUACUGAUUUUGCUGCCAAUGUGGAUUUUUAUCAUAGCCAGAUACGGAAGGGUAUAGAAGAAAUUAAACACUGGAUAUCUUUAUAAUAAAAGAAGAAAUAUGAACAUAUAGUAAUAUUUUACUGUCGCAGAAGAAAGAAAAAUAGUUGAAGCAUUGAAUAAUUUGGCACUUUCAGAAGACGUAACGUAACAUGGGAAGCAUCUGUGUUGUACAUAGGAGUUAAUGUCCAGUAAUUACCUAGAGUUAUUGAUCAACUUUCAUGAGGCAGCAUAAGAGAUUGUCCUAAUGUACUCCUUUUGAAAUGCUCAGAACUAUCUUCUGUUUACCAACUUAGAAAAGAAAAAAAAAUAAUCUUUCCUAAAAUUUCCAAUCCUCAUAUAGUCAUAUGCAAUCUCUGUAAAUUUUAAUACAAAACAGCUGAUUUUUCUUAUUUCAUAAUGCAAAGAUAUUGUCUCCAGUUAUCAUGCAAUAAGUUCAUAUUUAAUGGAAACAGAUCUUAUUUGAGAAUCAUGUAUUUUAUGUUGUUAAUUUCGAUGAAUUGUAAUAAUUUGAGUAUGGCAAUGGUACAAAUAGCAGCCUUCUCCAUUUAGAUGUUAUUUAAUUGUGCAGCAUUUUACAAUGUAGCAGUUGUAAUAAGUGAUGUAUUCAUUAUUUUCAUAUACAGUUUUGGCAAAAUAUGCAGAGUUUUAGUAAUAGAAUCCUUAAAAUGGAUUUAUAAAACAGGUUCUCUAUAUAAAACCAAAUAUAAAAUAUGGCUCAUUUCAGUGCCAGUAAUAGCCAUCCAGGAUUAGUUGGAAUAAGGUAGCAUCCAGAUUGAAUAAAUAAAUAAAUUAUGAUUUACAUUUUUUAAAAAGGGUUCACGUUGCACAUUUAUUUUUUUAGAUCCAUUUUUAUGGUAUUGUGAGUGUUCAUCUAACACGGUAAAGUGGAACACACUAUAUUUACAAGAACUGACAUAAAACAUCUGAAUUUGAAGACAUUUUUUCUCUUGAGUGUGAUUCUAGUAACAAAAGUGGGUUUCUUCUCCAUUAUAAGCCAAAAUGGUGGCUCGACAAUGUUAAAUCCCCUUUUGGUUUUAUUAAAGUUACUGAUUUAUAUUUCUCCAAAUUAUAAAGAAAAAAAUAAACUGAAAAGGUGUACCUUAGAAUGAAGGUAUCAGACAUAUAUUGUAAUUUCUUUAUUUGAAUAUUGUGAAAGUUUGAAAGUCGGGUGGCAGACAAGUUUAUUUUGGUUAAUUGCACAAUCAGCCAGAUAUUUAGACUGGAUUUGGCUUUUUUUUUUUAACCUUUACCCUUCACAAGAAUCUGGGAUAGGCAGAUGUUGAUUAAUAUUAUUUUUGAUUAAUAUUAUUAUUUGAUUAUUAUUAUUAAGGUAUCAUCACAGGAUAUAAAGUAUCCUGUGUUCAAAGUAAAGCUGCUUUUUGCAAUUGACCAGUGUGAUUUUUGUCAAUACUAAUGAUGCUGAAUGAUGCUGCAAGAAUUUUGGGACUGUACUCAGGGCACCUAUCAUUGUUUUCUUUCAUCACAGUUGUUCUGCUUCUAUUUGCAGGCUUUUAUAUUUCGUGAUUUUUUCCAAUUCUCUCUCUUCUAUGCUGCUGUCUCCAGGCACUGCAAUGUCUACUGUCCAGACUUUUUUGUCUUUCCUAUCAACAGUCGUUAAGUCUGUUGUCAGGCAGAUGCUUGACUGUCUAAGUUCCCAGUUCUUGCUUGCAGGCAAGUGGUGUUUCUUGCAGAUAUUCAGUUUUUACUUUGUCAUAUUGUUGUUUGUAAUCAGUUUGCAAUUUUCUUGCAAUAGGAGGUACACUAUUUUUUCAGUUUCUUUGCAGAGAAGGCAUUUGCAGUCUGUUGCUGUCUGACUUUAUAUGCAUUUGUUCUUAAGACAUGGUCUUAUGCAGCCAGAAUUAGUUCCUCUGUUUCUUUCUUCAACUUUCCUGCUCUUAGCCAUUGCCAGGUCUUGUGUGAUGUGCCUGCUAGGCUUUUUUUAAUGUAUUGGCCUUGCCAUAUCUUCUAGUCUAGUCUACUCUACUCUACUCUACUCUGCUCUACUCUACUCUACCUUCCUUACAUAGCUUACGUAGCUUUGAUAUUCAGUACUAGUAUCUUCUUCACUGGCCUUCAGAUAUUCUUCCAUUGCCUUUUUUUCUUCUUCAACUAUCUGGUGUAUCCAUGUCCACCUAUGUUUCUUGGUAAAUAGAAUCUGUCAAUAUCACUGCAUGGGUGAAGGGUAUGAUUCAUUGUCAUUUUUCUGGUCUUUCUACCCAGCGUUUCUACUUCAUCUUAAAUCCACUCCGCUAUUCCACUGUAAUCUAAUCCACUGUAUAUCUAAUGACUAGAAUUACCCAGGUAUUAAUCACUUUGAUGGUAUUUCUGCCAUUGUGUUUGGAUUUUAAAAUUUUCUUCACUCUUCUGAUGUCUUUACUACUAACCUUUUUGAUUUCAGUAUGCUUGCAGUUGUUAGCCUGAAAAAUGCCCAGGUAUUUAUAAUGAACUUCUUCAUCCAGAUUCCUAACAUUAUUUGCAAAGGAUGUUUCUGGGCACUUGAUUAUUCAGUCAUAUGGCAGGGAACUUGUAAUCCACCAAAAUAUGUUCACGUUGGUCUUCCUUCUCUUACAAUUUUCCAAUAUUAUCUUGUCAAUUAAGAACUGGGGUUUUUUUUAACUUUCUGGUAUUUGGGUGAUUUCCUUUCUGCUCAGAUACUCGGCUUGUUUUCAACUAGAUGCUGUUGAACUGCAUCAACUACCAGACUAGUUAGCAAUUUGAAAAUUGUUGGCAUGCAGGUAAUUGUUGGUAAGCAGGUACUGCCACUUUUGUUGGAUCUUUCAUUAUCAGGAAGGUUUUACCAGAUAUUAACCAAUCUUCAAUUUCACCUACUUGCACCAUGUUGUUAGCUUGGUAAUAAAUGGGUAUAGACCAAUCAGAUGUUCCAAGCAAAAAACACAGUUCAUAUUCAUCUGAUGCUGAACUAUUGUUGAUAGAAGCAGCCCAAAUCAUGCAGUUGUAUCACCGGAAAUCUUUCUCCCUGCAGUACAGUACAAAUUCCAUAUUUGAUUAUUUUGCUUUAAUCAUCAAUUUGUUAUACCAGUUACUAAUUUCUUUUAAAAUUCAAAGGCAUAACUUUGCAAGACAGCUUUGCAGGAAGAAUGUUUGUGUUUUUGAUACCCUAGAGUUAUAUCUAUUUCUAAGGCUAUAUGCUUUUAAAGAUUUCAUGCAAUCAGAUUGAUUGUAGCUGUUUAGUUCCAUAAUGAAUAAACUGUAGUCCAUUUUAAAAUAAUGUUACAUACCACUGCAUUUGAUUAAAGACUAUCUAGUCUAAAACA